CUGUGUGGCGUCACUGUGACCCUCCUUCUGAGCUUUUUGGGAGCUCCAGUGUUGAGGCUGUCAUCGACACCAUCGUCAAACACCACGCAUUACGUUGCACCACACACUACCAAGAUGUUGUCAAGGCGCAUGCUUACCAAAGCGGACGAGGAGUCCGUCGGCGACGAGGUCGAGGUUAGGAGGGAGGACCAAGACAAGAUCAAUAAGUUCAGUCGUCUGCACCAGCGCGAACUCAUGAUUGAGGAGGAACUCAAGAACAAGAGCGUUAAAAAGGAAGAGCUCGACGAUCUCAGCACAGAAUUGGAGCUCGCCGACGAAGACGAGACAGUACCAUACAAGAUUGGUGACGCCUACUUCCACGUAACACAGCCUCAAGCGAUAGAAAUGCUCGAGCAGGCUUCAACCAAGAUCGAGGAGGAUGUCGAGGCUUUGGAGUCGAAGCUGGAAACGAUCAAGGAGGAUAUGAACCAACUCAAGGUCGAGCUGUACGCCAGAUUCGGAAAGAGUAUCAACCUCGAGACAUGAAGAAAUGCAAUCAAGAACAAACUUCAACGUCGUCCCAUAUCGCAGCGCCGCUUCAGGUCAUGGACACUCAGAACACUGCCGUCAACAUCGUUGCCAAAAUGAGGAGCAACGUUU